AUUAUAAAUACAUAUAUAUAUGCAUAUGUGUACGCUUUAAUGUUGCUCUAGCCUCUACAUAGCUCGAUAUUUAGAUUGGCUGAGUUCCUCCUCUCCCCCCCUUCUCUCCCACUUGCCACUAAAUAAAUGCCUGCUAGGGUUCUGCAAGGUGUUGAAUGACAUCCAGCCAAGGCGGCGCCCCUAGAGGGAAAAGGGAAGGGGCUAUUUCGGGUUAAAGCAUUUCUUCGAUCGGCGAGAAUAGCAAACCAUUCAAGUACUACUUCGGCUGUCUGUCUGGGGCACAAAAUGCCAUGCUAAAAGGGGAACACCAAGGCUUCCAUACUUCAGAUCACGUCUUUGAAUCGAAUCCGAAAACAGAACGCACUAUCUUUUCCAAUUAAAAGUUUACUUUGAAUUUACCUCUCUCUCCUCGUCAGUGUUGGGGAAAAAAUAUGAACAGUUAUGUUUACCCACAUUUAACAGUCCGUGUUGACCUUUGAUGGGAUGGAUUAAACAGAAUAAACAGCUUCUCUUUUUCAAAAACGAAAUUCCUUUCGAAUGGUUUAUUCUAUUUCAUUGUGUUCAGAUCUUAUUUUUCCAUUUGGUAGACUUUUUGAAUAAUAGGAAAGAUAGCCCCUAGUGUUUCAUUAACAUUAAACAAAAAAUGAAUUCAAAAAAGAGAUUCCGUAAGACUAUUUCAGCCAUUAUUGCGUAUAGUGUUUGUAGUAUCUCAAUGAUAAUGCUUAAUAAGCUGAUUAUGAAUACUUACAAACUCAACUUUCCAAAUAGUUUACUUUUGUUGCAAAACAGUGGGGCGCUUUUACUGAUUAUGCUGGCGAAAAGCGCUAAGUUCAUCGAUUGCCCAAAUCUCAAUAGGUCAGUUUCGAUGCAGUGGAUUAUACCUACUAUCGCAUUUGUGGGAAUGCUUUUUUCAUCGAUGAGGAGUUUGGAGUUGAUGUCGGUGUCAGCGCAGACUGUUAUUAAAAAUUUGGCGAUUAUUUUAACCGCCACAGGGGACUAUUGGCUUUACAAUAAACGACUUAACACGGGUAUUUUUUUCUCUUUCGGCCUCUUAAUUGCUGGGAGCUACUUAUGCGCAAAAGGCGACCCAUGGGUCACGCCCUGGGGUCUCUUUUGGACCUUUGUGAACAUCAUAUCGACGGUGUGUUACAUGCUAAAUGUAAAAAUGCUUUCGGAUAGAGUGGGAAAGCAAAUUGGGCGCUAUGGCCCCACACUCUACAGCAAUCUUUUUUCGCUUCCUUUUCUUUUAAUAAUGGGGCAUAACGAGUUUCGGGAAUUUCUUAAUGCUUUAGGAGACGCAUCGUGGGAAGUCAUGAUUCUCCUCGCACUCAUGAUUUUUGUGAGCGCGCACAUGGCAUUUACAGUUUUUUUUUGUAUGGAAAUGACAUCACCCACAACCUUUAGUGUUGUUGGUACACUAAACAAGGUGCCAAUUGCUAUCUUGGGAAUUCUUGUGUUCCGUCAAUACCCUGAUCUAAUUGGUUACGUAGGGAUUGCCGUCGCCUUAACGGGUGGCUUUAUGUAUACCUUCUUCAAUAUUAAAAGUAGACGCGGGGGAAAUGACAAAACUCCAAUUAUAGAACGAGGCGACGAUAAUAUGAUACCACCAGAAAAAGAACCAAAAUGUUUAGUUUAGAUAUAACAUUUAUAGUAUCGCUGAGUCAUGAAUACUAAAAUGUGAUUGUGAUCGGUACAAAUGAAUAAAUCAAGAUCAUUCACGUUGGUCGGUUCUGACUAAAAACACGUACUCCUCUCAAAUUCAUAGAACUUGAAGAAAUAUAAUAGCUUUUCGACUUCUGAUAAAAACUACAUUUAUGUAAUUUAUAAUGAUUCUUUUAAGGAUGCUAUACUUUUUAAUCACCUUAGUCCCAUUUGAAGAUCUGUCAUGAUCGCCCUUCAUCCUGACACACGAGUCCAGAAAAAUAUCUAUGAGUUCGUGAUGGUUUAUCGUAA